AUGGAAUCCCCGCCAAAAAUCAGUACUAAGAGCGUCCUUCCACCGCGCGCUCCCUCGAAGUCCUGGCUCCAGCAUCUUACCUUGGAUACUCUCGUGAAAGUGCUCAUUCGCACGGUCUUCAACCCAUUCCUCGCAUUCGUCCUAGUCCUCUGCUUGCGCGCUCAAGUUACCCCACCCACACAUCCCGCAUGGAUUAUUGCGGUCGGCUAUCUGAUCUUUCUGAGCGUGGUUUACGUGGCGCGGGUGAUGAACCAUCGCAUAGCGUACGGCAUUCCCCGGAUGGUGGACUCGGAGCGAGAAGUGGUGCUUAUUACCGGGGGCGCGAGUGGGUUGGGGCUCUUGAUUGCACAACUUUAUGGGAUGAAGGGGGCGAGCGUGGCCGUUUUGGAUAUCAAGGUAUUUGCGGAGGGGGAAUUAGAGGCUACGCUGGGGGAGGAUGUGGAAUAUUUCAGAUGCGAUGUAGGCAAUCGACAGGAGUUGGAGGCCGUGAAAGAGACGAUUGAAGAAAAGCUGGGGACACCGACUGUCAUCAUCAACUGUGCAGCAGCGAGAGUCAAUGGGCUGCCUCUGCUGGAAUUGCCUGCUGAUGCGGCAGAGAAAACGCUGCGCACCAAUCUUCUCGCACCAUUCCAUCUCUACCAGGUGUUCUUGCCGAAAAUCAUUUCGGAUGUGGACAACGGUGGGACAAUUGUGACCAUCAGUUCGGUGCUGGGCCAGACGACACCGGCGGGCCUUUCAGACUACUCGGCCAGUAAGGCAGGAUUGAGUGCUCUACACCGAACAUUGGAAGCUGAACUCCGAGAGAAUGACCGUAUCAAAAUGCUUCUGGUAGAGGUAGGACAGAUGGCGACCCCGCUGUUUGACUGGAUCAAAACUCCUAAUCGAUUUUUGGCGCCGAACCUCGAGCCGGUGGAGGUUGCUCGGGAGAUCGUGGCCACGGUGGAUAGCGGUCGUGGGGGGGGUCCUCCGGCUGCCCGUAUAUGCGAAAAUGAUCAACUGAGCCGCCAAGCACUCCCGAGAACGGUGGGCGAGUCCUCCGCAGCUCAAAGAGGAGAAAGGACCUGCGAGCCGAAGGCGAAAGACAAAGACAAGUGUCCAGUCCAUCUCACAUAUGAAUAG